AGAAUUGAAUUAUUUCAUUCAACGUUCGGCUCUCUCUAAAGGUGCGCACUAUCGACCCGAAGGCCCAGCCCCACCGUUACAGUAAUAAUCCUCGAUCCUGGUUCGACUACUAGUGAACGAUGCAGCUCAACGAUUAUAUCAAGAGGAUUAUAAAAAUAAUGAUUUUUGCAUUUCUAUGCGCCGAAAUGCAAACGACCUUCACGCACUCGGAGCUGGCUAAAAAGCGCAGCAUUGGAUCGUCCGCAUCGGCAGCACCGUACCAGGCCUCGAUACGUCUGCUAGAUCAGGAGCUGGACUACUUUGGCAAGGGCCACAUCUGCUCGGGUGCACUGGUGGCCCCCUCCGUGGUGCUGACCGUGGCCCAGUGCGUCUACGAUCAGGACAACAUGCGAUUCUACCAUCCAGCGGAGCUGCGCGUAGUCCUGGGCAGCACGCAGCGCUUUUCGCCGACGGCUCAUGGUCAGGUGUUGGGCGUGACCCAUGUCUACAAGCCGCCCAAACAGCUGUCCCUUGCCAUCCUCAUGCUCGAACAGGAUAUUGGCGCGCAUCUCACGCGCAUUCGGCCCAUUGCGCUGCCCGUGGACGCAGAGCACUUGGAGCGGACAUCGGAGCCGUGGCACAUCAGUAGCUGGGGCUUGGCUGGCGAGGAUGGCCGCGAGCUGCACGAAUUGCUGCGGCUGCGCGUCACGCGCUCACCCUGCGGCCAACAGCUGUGCGUGAAGUACGACGAGCAGACCUAUGAGCUCGACGCAGGCGCUCCGCUGACCACAUCCAAUCAGCUGCUCGGCCUGCGCAGCCAGUCGUCCGUCUUUGUCGAUGUCGCCAGCCACCUCGACUGGAUCCGAGCCCAAAUUGGCGACGGCUCCAAUCACAAUAGCUCCGUUUGGGGCAUUCUGGGCCUGUUGGCCUUUACGAUCUAUGUGAUCAAGUGCAGCUGCAAGGGGCUCAGCACCUAGGCUCUACUGUACAGUAGAGCAGCAUGGCUACAGCUUACGCUAAACGGGAAACGUAAGCUUCUAGGAAAAUGUGAUAAUUGCUAUUAGGGGUAUGCCCUAGAAUAACC